UGUCAGUUUUGCAUAAACAGAAAUGUGUAGAGGUUUACAGUUUUGUAAUGUUAAUUUUUCGUUGAAUUUUUAGGCAACAUUUUAAUUUGGAAAAAUAAUAGUAUUAUUACUGCAAUAUUUAGCAUAAAUAUUUCUUAAUAUUUCUCUUUUUACUUCGUAAUCUCAACAAAUAGAACAUGUUUGGUUAUGUACCAUAUUUGUGUUUACAUGAAUCUGUUUCUAUGACAGCGGAUUUGAAUCGCGGAUAGUGCGAAGUAAAUCUUUGUAACAGAAUUUGUUAUUUUAUAUAUAUUUUAUGAAACCAAACGAAAUGGUAGAAACGGCCGAAUCGGAUGUGCAAAUUAUUUUGAGCAUAAAAGAAGGAAAGGGUUUUGAACAAGUUUUACAACCAACUUUAUUUACUGGAACCUUAAAUGGACAUUCUUUAGAAACUGACAGAAUAGAGUCAAGUGCGAAUCCGCAAUAUGCGACUGACUUGAUUUGGGAGACCAACAAAGCUGCACUGAGAAAAAUGCGAUCAGGGCAAGUUCCAUUAAAAUUAGAAUGCUUUGCUUUUAAAGAGAAUGGCUGUAAAGAAAAAAUUGGAUAUAUUGUGUUAAGUAUACGUUCUGCGCAUAUGACAUCUAAAUACAGAGAUUUGAGUCCAAAAGCGAAUUGGCACAAAUUGCUAGGAUUAAGGAAUGAUCUUAAAAUACAAAAGCCUGAAAUACUUCUUACAUUGAGAGUUGAAGAUUGGAAAAAUGUAAAUUCAAAUCUAAUUGAGAUAAAAAAUGUGAUGACAGUCGAAGAUAAUUUGCAAAAUGAUAAAAUAAUACCUUAUUUGUAUCCUGAUGAGCAAUUGAUCCAAUUGGGUUCUCUAAAUACCUGCUACGAAUUAUUUUUAUUAAGCAUCACAGCUGUGUACAUAGAAAAUUUACCUCUGUUAUUACCUGAACAUUUAAAUAAGGAUAAUGCUGUGCACUUUUCGUAUCGAGUUUUAGAAAACGAUGUAGAACUUAAACCAUUCAAGAUACAAUCUGAAAAACCCGAUUUUCUCCACGAAAAAGUAGUAGUGAGAAUACGAAGUUCUCUAAGUGUUUUAAAACAUUACCUGCAAGCAGAGCCACAUCUGUUAAUAUUUUUGAAACAUAAAAAUAGUAUAAUAGCUGAAUCAUCAGUUAAUCUGGAAUCCCUAGUGGUCACAGAUAAUUUGCAAGAAUUUCUUAAAUGUACUGCAAACACGAGUACUAUACAUGAAAGAUGUUUCCUAGCUCCUAAACAAAAUUUAGUAGAAAAACUUAUUGAAAGCCAAUAUCCAAAGUCCCAUCUUGAUUUACAACUCAAACUACAAUAUAUUGGAAAUAAAAUGGAUAUUGUACAUAACUUUGAUACAGCAAUAAGCUCCAAUAAUCACAUAAUACCUCGUGUUCAAUAUCAUAAUGAAGAAAAUACAAGUAAUGCCAGUCAGAGAUGUCCAGAGAUUGAAUCUCACAGAAAUCCAAGUGGUGAUUUUGGAAAACUCAAUUUUAACAACAUUUCUGGUGGAAUAAAAAAUGCAACAGAAUGCAGAAAUACAAAUAAACAGUCCAUUGAUUGCCAAUGCUUAAAACAUCAAGUGGAUAGAAGUGCAUGCUCAUGUGAUGCAAUGUUGUGCAAAUGUAUUAACAAAAAUUAUAUCAAAGAUACCAUAGGAUCUUAUCACUGUUAUUGUCUACAUAUCUCACUUAUGACAAUAACAUCAUUAUCUGCAAAAUUAUCUGAACGACAGAUUGAAUUUCGAUUUCAUCAUCCGAAAGCUGAGAUUACAUCAACAAUGCGUGCAAAAAUGCCACUUUUAUCGGACGAAAAAAUUAAAUUACAAGAUGUUGGAUGCCAAUCUUACUUUAUAUCUGCGCCGAACGAAAUAAAACAAUUAUUACAAUCAUUUCCGCCACAAAUCAGUAUAUAUGAUGUAAAUGAAGAUGCUAAACCACUGUCAUUGUUAACGCUUGACAUAAAACCACUGUUUCAUCAAGAUAAGCCCGAGUGUCAAUAUAAAUUACCUCUGUACGAUACAGAUAGAAAUAAAAUAGGGGAAAUGGAUAUUACACUUAAAUUAGAAAACUGUGGAUCGCAUUUUAUAUUAAAAAAAGAAACUGCCGAACAAAAUUUAGGCCCACCAAUAUUGGAUGACAGCUUAGCGUAUAAAAUAGUAGAUGAGCUCGAAACUUGGAAAGAACGUCAAAAGGAAAUGUUCAAAGCUGAGCUGAAGAAAAAGGAGGAACGACACUUGAAUAUGUUGAACGAGGAAUGGCGAAAACAAAAAGAAAAUUUAGAAUCGAAACUUGCAUGCAGCGUUGAACAAUGCAAGAUGCUAGCCAACAGUUUAAACAAUGCUACCGAAGAUUUACGAAUUCGUAGAUUAAAAAGCCUGGAAAAUGAAACUAGAUUGAUUAAAGCAAACGAAGAUUUACAAUGGAGAUAUGAAACUAAAUUACAAGAGCUAAAGGAUUCCAUGCUUGCAAUGCAAAAUGAUCUUGCAUCAAAGAUCACCAAACUUGAAGAAAAAAUUGCUCUAGAGGCGCAAGUAGAAAUAUUAUUGUUUGAAAAUGAGAGUUUGAAAUCGUCGAUGAGUCAACAGAAGGAUGAAUUACAAAUAUAUCAAGGGUCUUUAGCUCAAGAUAAAACUGAGUCUUUGCUGCAAGAGCUAAAAAUUCUCGAAGAAAAAUUGGAAAAUGCCCAGAAGGGGAAGUCAUUUUUUAAAGAACAGUGGGGUAAAGCGGUUCGUGAAAUACACAGGAUGAAAGUAGAUUAUCAACAAGAAAUGCAAGUUCAAAUUAAAAAUAGUAAAGAAGAAUUGAAGAACGCAGAUUUGGCGGAGAUUUUAUCUGCGGACACAGCAGCUUUGACCGAGGAUCAAAUCUUGCUUAACGAACUUCAAAAGGAAAUCGACGUCAUUAAACCGAGGCAAUUCUUCGCUCCGAAAGAAAUUUUUAUACCAGUCGACAAUGUCUGCUCCAAAGUAUCUUGGAACGGUAAUAUGUCUGACAAAUCAGAAGAGAACGAGCGGUUACAAGCGCUGAGAGAAGAACGCGACUCCCUUUUAAGGACCGGAAGUUACGCGACUGACGAUAUAAUAAUCAAAAAACUUAACACUGAAAUACGAUCCUUAUUGGUAAGUAGGUAGCAAAUUUAUUCCAAU